GGGCGCGGGGCGAAGGCCAGAGCCGGGAUGGCAGCGCAGCGGCUGGGUAAGCGGGUGCUGAGCAAGCUUCAGGCUCCAUCGCGGGCUCGCGGGCCGGGGGGCAGCCCCGGGGGGCUGCAGAAACGGCAUGCUCGGGUCACCGUCAAGUACGAUCGGCGGGAGCUGCAGCGGCGGCUGGACGUGGAGAAGUGGAUCGACGGGCGCUUGGAGGAGCUGUACCGCGGCCGGGAAGCAGAGAUGCCUGACGAGGUCAACAUUGAUGAAUUGUUGGAAUUAGAGAGUGAAGAGGAGAGAAGCCGGAAAGUCCGGGGACUCCUGAAGUCCUGCUCGAAGCCUACAGAGGACUUCGUCCAGGAGCUGCUGGGGAAGCUGCGCGGCCUCCACAAGCAGCCGGGCCACCACCAGCUCAGCCCUUCGGGCGACUCGGAUGGCCGCAGCCUGAGCCCCCGCCAGGACCGCGCCCGGCCCGCGCCCCCCUGACCCGCGCCGCCAGCCUCCCCGCCGGCUCCUUUCUGAGAUGUAUUUAACGGCUGUGUAACAGUAACACCGCGUGGCUGUUUUUCCUCUCCCUGGUCACCGCGGGCUUCCGCAGCUCCACCCCGCCCCAGCCCAGCCGCCUUCUCUCGCGCUGCGCCCCGGUCCCCUCGUGUCCCUGCGCCCCUCCGCAGCUGGGCUGGCCCGCCAGAUGGAGAAUUCCUCCUCCUCCUCCAGAGAGCAUGAGAACAGACCCUGCUGACCCGACGCCCGGGACUCACAUCCUGUCCUCACCCCGCACCCCAGCCUUGGCCCAGGCCCAGCAGGGCCCAGCAUGGGGGUGGUGCUGGGGCUUCUGUGGAAAUGACGGCCGUGCAUGGCCCAUGGGCCGGGAGAGAUGCACGCGAGCGAACAUGGCCCAUGCCACCUCAACACAGCCACCAAACAAAUUAUCCACUCCCUGAAAUGUACUGGGCACCCCCAUUCCUGCUACUCGGGUCAUAAAGAUAGCAGAACAUGG